UUCGAUCUUCGAGUUUCCGGCAGCCCGUGCAGGCGGAGCGUCUCCGCGCCCUGGGCUCCGGCGCAGGGGCUGCAAGCCGGGCAUCCCGGUCUCUCGCUAAGACCCGCCCGUGUACUGUGGGCAGUUCAAAUGGGCAUGAACCCAUUUGACAGAUGAGUCAGCCGAGGCCCCGAGCACGAACAGAAAGGAGAACCGGGAAUCGAACCCAGGUGUGUGCGUCUGACCACACCCCCUGCCCCCAGAGCCUUUGCCGUACCUCAUCCUCCACCUCAGCCUUCCAUCUGUCCCUAAACGUUCAAGGCCUCUGCAAAGCUUCUCCUUCACGAUCGGGAUAAGCCCGGCUGGCUGAAUGGCGGCUGUAGACGUCUUGCAGUUCGCAGAAUUCGGCGAUGGAGCCGUGAGCCCGGAUGCCACCUCGAUAAGCAUCGACGAGCCUGGUGAGGCUUCCGCCCGCCACCCAAGGGCCCUGGGAGGCGCAGGGCGAGAGGAGGAUGAAGAACUGCUGGGGAACGACUCUGACAAAACUGAGUUACUUGCUGGCCAGAAGAAGAGCUCUCCCUUCUGGACGUUUGAAUACUAUCAGACCUUCUUUGAUGUGGACACUUACCAGGUCUUCGACAGAAUAAAAGGGUCUCUUUUGCCAGUGCCUGGGAAGAACUUUGUGCGGUUGUAUAUCCGCAGCAAUCCAGAUCUCUAUGGCCCCUUUUGGAUAUGUGCCACGUUGGUCUUUGCCAUAGCAAUUAGUGGGAAUCUUUCCAACUUCCUAAUCCAUCUGGGAGAGAAGACGUACCACUAUGUGCCUGAAUUCCGGAAAGUGUCCAUCGCAGCGACCAUCAUCUAUGCCUACGCCUGGCUUGUCCCUCUCGCGCUCUGGGGCUUCCUCGCGUGGAGAAACAGCAAAGUCAUGAGCAUCGUCUCCUACUCCUUCCUGGAGAUCGUAUGCGUCUACGGCUACGCGCUCUUCAUCUACAUCCCCACGGCGAUACUCUGGAUCAUCCCCCAGAAAGCUGUUCGCUGGAUUCUAGUCAUGAUUGCCCUGGGCAUCUCGGGGUCUGUCUUGGCGAUGACGUUUUGGCCCGCUGUUCGCGAGGAUAACCGGCGCGUUGCCUUGGCCACCAUGGUGACAAUCGUGAUGCUCCACGUGUUGCUGUCUGUGGGCUGCUUGGCUUACUUUUUCGAUGCUCCGGAGAUGGACCACCUCCUCACUACCACCGCCCCCCCAAACCAGACGGCCGUCACGGCCAAGGCCAGCUGAGAAGGACCGCGCAAG